UCCGACUCCUGAAAGGGGGACAGAGUUAUGGCCCCGUUCAUUCCAGCAGAGUGGCAGAUGAUUGACACCAGCUGGGAUCUGGCCCAUAAGUGUUUCCAAAGUCAGAGUGUAAGACAGAGCGGAAUGACUCAAGUUACGUAGUUACGUACAGCAUGAUGCCCCCCCACCCCCCGCCACCCGACAAUGAAAUCCUUUGGCCCUGCUAUAAAUGAUCUCAUACCUUUUUAGGGCUGGGUUUUGAGGAGGGGGAGGUGGCUCAGAAUAUCGGUAGGAACUGGCAGCAUGUCAGAGAUCCUCUCCUGUGCAAAUCACUAGUGAAAUCACUAGCUUGAUAAUUGAGACUGAGUGAAGAUUCCCCAUUUAGUGCUUGCCCUGAAUCAAAAUACCCCACUUUGAAGAACUGUAGCCCCAAUCUUGCCUGUUUAACAUGGAACUAACCCUAUGCUUUUUUCCAGCCAAUGUACCAUUAACCUGCGGAACUCCUUGCCACAUGAUAGUCAUUCCGGCCGAUGUCUUAGCAGCAUUGAAAACAAUAAGGCUUGAUUGCUUAUUCAGAUAAUACAAAUCCCCAUUUAGAAUUCCCAGGGUGAAAUUUAUCAAGGUGAGUUUGGGAAAAGAGAGAAACGGGCCCCGGAACGGGGCGGGCUUGUGUGCCUCACUCAUCAUGGUUAUGUUCAAAUUCUGGGAUGAUGGGCAAUUAGAAUCGCUCGAUUGUUGCCCGUUUGGGGCUCAGGUGUAAUGAGUGCUGUGAUGGAAAACAAUAAAGAGUUCAUUUCCGCCUUUGAAAUGCUGUGACCUAAUUAGCUGGCCGGCUCAGUCCCUCAUCUGGUGCCUGGAUCAUCUUGUGCCUGGGCAAAACAUUGCUAAACUUGAGAGAUUUACAAGAAAAUCUGAAGUCAUUCCUGUCCCAGCCUUGCUCCGAUCUCGGACGCGGAGUCGCGGGGGCAGACACCCCGACCAUGGAACUUACUGUAACUGUUUUGAAAUCUCAUUGGGACAAACGCCAGGAGGGAUUUAAGUCAAAGGCCUGCGAGAAUUAAUGCAUUGCUGAUCGACACCAGCUGGGAUCUGGCCCGAUUGACUCCAGUGGUGUAACAGCCCAUUGACACUGGCUGGGGAGCCGACCGACGGUUCGCUGGAAUUUUUAGCCUGGCUGCGAUAACCUUAUUGACGAUCUGUUUACGGUUUCCCUCGCCUCACCUGUCCUUUCUUGGCAUGCGGGAGAUUGGCUGUUUCGGGACCAGGGUGGGGAUGACUGGGCUAUAAAAGCAGCCCUGGGUCGGCGGCGAAACUUAACCACCAGCUCAGCCCUUCGAAGAGACACCAGAGGAGCAGGGAAGAGGAGACAGAAAAAUACAAGGCAGAGAAACUUCACAAUGAAGCUUCAAGUUGCCUGCGUGAUUCUCAUCCUCGUCAUCACUGCUCAGAACUCCUGCUGCUUCCAGGGCCAGACAGCAAAUCCUGCUGGUUUGUUAACACAACAGAUGGAACCCAAAGAAGAAACUCAGGGUCUGCAGGCCCUGCUCCGGAGAGCCAAGCGCCACAACGCCCACUUCCCUAUCUGCACCUACUGCUGCAAGUGCUGCCGGAACCAGGGCUGCGGCUUCUGCUGCCGCACCUGAGCCAGCCGGUCAGACGCGGCCGGACCACAGCAGCGCU